AUGAAGUUCUUCGCCACUACUUUUCUAGUUACCUUAGUCACCAGCGCCGUCGCUGUGCCCCAUUCAAACACUUCCUCCACCGACGUUGGAAAGAAGAUCCUAUCCACAGCCAUGACAGCCAAGGGCACGCCAUAUGCUUGGGGUGGUGGUUCCUGCAGCGGGCCUUCUGAUGACCAGCCUCCCUAUGACUAUGGUGAUGUUGGCUAUGACUGUUCCGGUCUCGUCUGCUGGGCCGUCUGCAAGGUAACGGGUCGCGACCUGUUCACGGAGGGUCUUCGCGUGACUUCUUCCAUGUACUGUGCAUCUGAGAGUAAACUGGGGUAUAAGAAAUAUCCCUUGUCCCAGCGCCGUGUUGGAGAUGCCAUUUUCUUUGGUGGCGAGUGUGACUGCAAUGAAAGUGGCAGCAUUCAUCACGUCGGACUUAUGAUGGAUUCUGGCGAUCGCAUGUGGAAUGCUCCCAAUGAUCGCGUUAACCAGGUUCAGGAAAACAGCAUUAAGGGCUUUGGCGAGGAACCUUGCCCUUAUGUCAUUCGGUUUACAUCAUAG